AUGUGUUGCCUGAACCAUCCAGGAAAACCAACGACUUAUAAUUAUACUAAUUAUAGUAUAGUUAAAAUCUCUAUUUAGCAUGCAAUGACCAGGUUUAACACACGGAUACACAUAGGACAUUGAUCUAAUUGACUUCUCUUUUGAGCCUAGCUACCCGAAUGAGGCCAGACGUCAGGUGGCCUGUGUUGCUGAAUGGAGCAGAUGGCAAGCCCAAAAACCACAAACGAGGAGUUAGGCCUUUGUGUGUGUACGUUCUGCCUUGGACCGUGGGAUCAUCCAACACGGCCCUGUUAUUUACAGGAAACACGAGCAGAUCUUCAUUUAAUCAUUAGAGUUUCUUGAGGAAUUAAACUGACUACAUUUGAUGAUUUAUAUAGCUACACAUUCGACAAAUGAUUCAGUGCUGUAAUUGUACAACAGAUAGAUUAGAUCUAGUAACCUACAACACCCCUUUCAAUAGUGGUAUAGUAGGCUACUUUGUUGUGACAGAAGAUUUUUUUCACAUGUCUUACAUGCUGCAAAUGGAAGAGGAUAUUUCUGAAAUUAAUCAUUCAAUUGUUGGAUCUGGAUUGUGAGAAUCUGGAUUCUAAUUCUAGAUGAUAGUAGAUCUAGCCUCUAAUACUAUAUCUAUAUAGAUCUAUAUAUUAGAUAUUAUAGAUCUACAGUCUAAUCAGAUUUUGGAUUAUUAAACUAUUAACUAUUACAUUCUAAAGUCUACAUGCUCAUGGCAAAGUGAACCAAGAGUUGAGUGUCUUCCUGUUAACAGAAAUGAGAUGAAUCAAGUCUGAUACACAUUGUUUUACAUUCCUUGUGUGAACAGCCACAACUACUCCAUGAAUGACCCAGGAACUGUUGACGUUGUCGAUGUGGAAGUAACCAACAACAAAUCCGAAGUGGUCUACUACACUGACACUGGUGAGCGUCAGCAGCCACUUCCCAUCGACGCCAAAAAGGUCACUAUGACCAUGCUGAGCCUCAUGUCCACCCGGCCGAGGGUACCGACUGUGCCGACCAUCUAUGAGCUAAACAACCAGAAAGCGAUGUCCUUUGUCCCUAUCUACGUCAUCAUAGGGUGCAUUGUCGUGAUGGGCGUGCUCACCAACUUCCUCGUCUGCUACAUCUACAGGUGCCGCUCCCGCAGGGCCACCUCCAAUUUUUUCGUCAUCUUCUUUGCCAUCUUUGACAUGUUCGGCUGUUUCAUCGGGAUUCCUUUAGAAGUGACAGUGCUGGCUCUGCCCUACACCUAUGAUGUCGUGGCUGUAUGCAAGAUACGAGGCUAUAUCGAGAGCUUGUCUGUUUGCAGCCUCUCCUUGACCCUCAUCUGCGUCGCCUAUGACUGCUACAGGAAGUUUUGCAAGCCAGGGGAUGACUUUGGCGUGAAGAAAGCUAGAAUUUGUUGUAUAGUUUCUGUUCUUGUCGCAGUCGUGGUCUCUAUUCCAGCAGCUGUGGUGUUUGGUGUCCAGGAAGUAAAGACAACGUACCCCAAUAUUAAAGGAAUGACAUGCUCUGUGGAUCAAACUCAGCCGCAGUGGUUGAGGAUCAUAUACAAUGUGUGUGUUCUGGGCACUUUUCUUGUGUGUCUUUGUGCUAUUUCUGCUCUCUAUUGUUUGAUUGGUGUGGCCUGCUGCCUUCAGAGACAAGCAGAGGAAAGGGGAGAAAAACCCAGCCCAGCGAAACAAAAAUUCCCCAAAAAACACAGAUUUGUAAGAGAAGAUGUGAGCUCAUCUUCUGUCACAAAUUACAGCGAAGAGGUAUCACGACUCCAUAGUCAGGGAACUCUAUCUCAUUCACACGGCUCUUAUACAGACUCUACCCGUGUCCCUUUAAAACAUAACAGCAGUGGCAUAGUUAAGACAAAUAGUCUUCAGGCAUCCAGUGCUCCACCCAGCCUUGCUAUUGUGCCGCUCCAUGUAAAGAACACGAGACAGACCUAUAUAUUUAUGGUGAUUUCCAUCAUAUUUGUAGUGUUUAUGUUGCCCUUCAUUGUAGUUAUGGUUCUGUGUGCCACCACAACCGUAUUCAACCAGUUCUCAUCCAACGCCACAGAAAUAGUCUUUAACAUGUGUGUACGUUCAUAUCUGUUAAACUACAUUGUCAAACCAGUGAUUUACUUUAUAUUUAAUGUGAACUUCAGAAAGGAAGUCAAACACUUGUUUAUCAAAAUUUGGGCACUCUGUACCGGAGCUACAGGAAGUUCAGGCUCUCAUGCACAAAGGAGGUCAUUUAUUGAUGGCACUAGCAGGUCUGCAUCAAGGACUCCCAUUUACAGACCACCAAGAAGUUCUUCUUGAAAUACAGAUAGAAGUGUCUUCCUCCCUGACCAUCAUCAUAUCAUGUGAUGAAAUGAAUUUUGCGAAAAGCACAAACAUCUUAGCACCAAAUUCCUAACUGGAGAGCCUGGACAAAGAUGGCAGGGAUUCAGCUCAAGGGAUCAUACUGUUUGGUCAGCAUUUAUCCACUGCCUGGUUGUGAUUAGACACUAGCCUUCAAGUUAUUAGAUGAGUCAACUACCUCUUAGACAUAAGGCAUGAUGAAUGAGUUAGGAGUGUUGAAAUGUAAUACUGAAAUAAGCAUUAUUAACAUUGUUAAUAUUUGACCAUUUCCCCUCAUACCUAUUGUUCAGUUGAAUUAUUUCCAACGUAGAUUAUGUUAUUAAGACGUCAUAGUAUUGUUACUCAUACUUUCUGUGUAUGUAUAACUUUAAGCAGCUAAAGCACUGAUAGGUUAUUGUUCCUGAGUUUUAAGCAUUUGUAAAAUAACUUUAAAAGUUCUUGCUAAAAAAACAAAUUGUUUAGUCUCUAUUGUCACAGCAUUUGAGAAAAUUAACUACUAUUUGUACAUUUCUAAUCACUGGUUUAAGGCCAUUUUUUUUUAAUUCAUUGUGCAUAUGUAUAUAUAUGAUGCUGUCUUUGUUAAAUCUUCAAUAUUAAGGUUGUUUUGUUUUAAAAGCAGCCAUUCAGUUAAGGGACUCUCUAUUAUACUACAUAAGUUUGUCAACUAGUCUAGGCUGUCCCAUUGUACAUCAGUUACUGCACACUAUUUUUCCUUGGCAGAGUCUUCAAAAGAGCUUACAGCUCAGCAGCAAUAAAGCUGGCCAGUUAUUGAGGUUCAUUUCUUGUUCCAUAUGCUAGGACUAAUUUGUAUAAGUGCUUCUUCUUCCCCCGUACCAUCAGAGCAUGGAGCAUAUCGCCUGAAUUGGCCAGGCAAAACAAUGACAUUUCAGAUUUUAAGUUUCUAAUGGCUGCCUGGUCGUGCGGUUUGCGCGCUGGACUGUCGUUCGGAUUUAUCGACGGUCGAGGGUUCAAACCCUGCCCGCUCCCAUCCCCCGUCGUCCUGCGGGAGGUUUGGACUAGGAAGUAAACUAUCUUCAACUCUGAAGGAACAUCCGAAACAUGUAAAAACAAAACAAACUUGUAUGACUAGAUUGACAAUGGAUACUCAUAGGAUGUAAUUGUCUUUUUUGUUUUUUAAGAUAAGAUGUAAUAAAAUUAAUUUUGUUAGCAUUCUUUGUUGACAAUCAAAUUAUAAAAGAUGGAUCAUAGAUCUAGAAUAUAAACAUAUCUAUCAUGACAUUGCUACUUAUAAAGUAGUGCUUCAAUGCUUUGCUUAUGGUACAUUCUGACAGUUUUUUUGUGUACUUUGUGUUGCCAGUCUGUAAUAUAUAUAGUUCUCAUCUCAAACUCAAAUAUAUUAACAUUUCAAAAAUAAAAAAAUACUUUUUUGAAAAGGACAAUUCCAGCUGGCCAACCUUUGUUAGAGCUGUUUAUCUCUUCAUAACUAAUUAAUGGUAGUUUGAAAAAUUGAGCAUUUUUAAUCCCAACCUUUUUUAUCCCUGAAAAAAAUCUGGUUAAGUGAAUGUAUAAGUCUAUUUUUUUUAUGAUAAGUCUAUAGAUCAAGACCUAAAAGAUGGUGCACAAAAUGUUAUGGAACUUCUUGAAUGUCUAAAUAUUCAUUAAAUUUUUAAAUAAUGAACAGAGUCUAAAUGCGGAAAACCGGCUGACAUGUCUAUUCACGAUCAAGAUUUUCAAGAUGAAAUGUAAUUUUACUAGAUAUUAUUUUCAAAAAUUAUAAUUGUCUAGCUAGAGUUUUCCCUGCGUGUGGCCAAUUAGCUAGCAUUUCUUUUCCCAAAGAUAUACAUCAACUUCAAUUUCUAGGAAAAUCAUUAGAGCCAUUUUUAAGAAUUGUGCCUACUUCCUAAUUCCACCCAUAAAUUAAAUGUUCAAUCUGAAUAGAGGAAUAGUAAAAAAAAAACAACAUUUUAAGAUGCAUUAGUCAUUAUGACCUUAAGAUAUAUUGGUCAGUAAUGAAAAAAAGAAAGUUAUAGUAACACUAAGUAAUUCUUGUGUUAACUAAAAUCUAUAUUUUAUUGGUUCAAUACUGAACUUAGGAAUCUAUCAUUUUAAGUAAUAUCUCAAUGCUCUUUUAACAUAACUGUCAGAUAUGACCAUAUAAGUUUGCUUCCAGACUUGUGGAGUCCUUGUUGACAAGUGUUCUUCCAUUGAUUUCAAAGCUCUCAGUGUACCCACACUAGAAAUAUCCAUUGCAAUAUGUUAGUAGUCUGCAUGAAGGCUUGUAAAUGUAUGGAAAAGAAUUGUGGGUCUUGGUGACUGAAUCCAUUGUUCAAUAUGCCAUGUAUUUAUAUAUGUACAUAUCUUUUAUUUUUUUAUUUGUAGGAGGCAUGUCAGAAUGUGUUUACUUUCAUGUUUUCGAGCUAUCACUAUCUAGAACAUGGAUGCUGGUAUAUUUCUUUUCAGCAGUUUAAUUUAUUGGAAUAUUAGUUUUAUUGUCAGUAUCAUUUGUUUGUCUCCCUUCAUUGGGCAUCUUCAACAAAACCAAAUUGAAUGGAGCGCAGAUAUUUCAUUGUAUCUAAAAAUGUAGGAUUUUGUUUCUCCUCCUGGAACAAGACAAAAUGUUUCUGUUAAACUAUUUGUACUUAACCAAGGGACCAUAGUCUAAGGACCAUAUUUGGAUUUAUGGAUGAAUAGGGAGAUACAAUGUAUAUUAAAUCCAUUGCUGUUGCAUCAAAGCUUCAUCAUUAUGCAAACACAUUGUUUUCUUAUGCUAGUACUCUAGAAACAAUGUCGAGCCUGAGGUGGUCUGUUUUUUAUAAAAGCUUUACUUGGCUGAACUGGUUGGGCUAAAUUUGAAAGACCAUUUCAUCCAGCCUGAGGUAAGGUUCACUUAAAAACCUGUAUAGGCUAAGUGGACAGAACUGGAUAGUAAUGACCAUUGAGAUAAAAGCUGUACAAUCAAAGAGUCUAUCUAUAUAUUAUAGAUGUAUAUAAUUAACUUAUAUUUGAAAUACACUGUUCUGUUAUAAACAAAUGAUUUGCUUUGUAUCUCAUUAUGUGCUAUAUUCCCCGCUGACUUGACUUUUGAACUAAUGACACGAGUGCCUUGAUAAAGAAUGUAAACUGAUGUGGGCUGCUUCAGUCCACUGUCAGCCUGUUUGUAACAGAAAAUAUGUUGGGCUUGCCUUUUCUAAGAAAAAUUAUUUAUAUACUGUUUUGUCUGUCUGUAUUUUUAUACUUGGUGCCAGCAGGUAGUGUCCAUGAAGAGAGAGUCACAUAGCUGGUCCAGUAAGUUAAAAUUGUGCAUGUGUCCCAUGAUUUCUUUAGGGCAAAGUACCUCAAGUUCUUUGCUCUUGAAUACACAUAUGCUGGAUCUGCAGACUCUUUCUUCAUUUUUUUUUUGCUUUGAAAUUUCAGUCAAGCUGUUUUAAAAUGAAGUCCUUUACUGCCUUGCUGUCUGUUUGUUAGAGAGUUCUUUACAUUUUCUAUCCUUCUGUUCUUUUAUUUCUUUCAGCCUGUCUGCAAAUGAAAUCCUUUGCCUUUUUUUUUUUUUUUUUUUACUUAGAAUUCUUAAAUUUUAUAUUUCUCAGUUCUAGAAUGAACAAAUUCUCAUGUCUCUGUCAAAGAAUCUAUUCAUAAUCUAUUUAUAUACUGCUCUGUUCUGUCUUAGACUGAACCAGUCUUCUCCAUUCUUUCACAUAAACAUGUCUGCUGUUAAACACAAGAUGGCUGUCAAUGUUUUGUUAUGUUGGACAUAACCUGUACUUAAAAUGAUACUAACAUAUUUUGUAUUACAGAUUUGUUCCGCCAGUUUCAUAUUAAACAAUGAUUGAACAAACUUA